AUGAACUGGCAUGGAUUCCUGCCAUCUGCGAGUGCCGGUAGCGGCACCGUCUGCAUCGCGUUAUCCAUGACUUUUUUCAGUGCGUUAGACCAUGUUUUACGAGGAGUAAAUCCUCCUAAGACUGUAGUUUGCAAAGGUUCACUCGCCAUAUGGAAGUGGCGCAAUAUGAUGAUUUCUUGGUUACAUGCCGUUUUAAUUGGAACAUGGGAUUUAUUAUGCUUUUAUUAUUAUCCUGAGUUGAUGAAUGAUCCAGUAGACCAUAUCGUACCUUUUACAUAUUACUUAGUGGCCGUUUCUACUGGUUACUUUCUUUAUGAUUUCUGGGAUAUGUUCACGCAGAGGCAAUUGUUCAAAAUGUGGGAAUUGACUUUGCAUCACGUUGCAGUUCUGAGUGCCUUUAUUUAUAAUGUACUGUCAGUUCGGUACAUAGCAUAUACAGUUAUCGCCCUACUUGCUGAAGUCAAUAGCAUAUUUCUUCACACUCGUAAAUUGAUGCAAAUGCACAAAGUUCCCUCAGUGAAUAUGUCUUAUCGGUUCAAUGCUGUUCUGAACCUAACUACAUUCGCAGGUUGUCGAGGAUUUGCACUGCUUCGUAUUUCAUACGGCAUGUAUAUGAACCCCGAAAAAAUGACACCGUUUUAUACUGUAUUGUUGGGGACAAUUCCUUGGAUUAUUUCUGUCUGCCAGAGACUGAUUAUGCAAGAUAUAACUCCUCUGUCUUACUUGCUAAUUGUAAAACAUGACAUUUACAAAAUACGUGGUUUUCUAUGCAAGGUUAAAUCCAGUGAAAAUUUAUUCAUCUCAAUAACAACUCGUGGAUCAGCACUCAAGAAAUCAUUAACUGUGAUAAAAAGUGAAUAUCAGGGGAUUGAAAACAUGAAAAUACUUACGAAUUAUUCUUCAUGAUCUAUGUUAAUGAUAAUUAUUUCAAGUGAAGAAAAAAGAAACUGGACGAAUACCUAUUCAUAUUACAGAUUAGAAUAGGAUUACAAUGAACUAUUGUAUGAAAAUAGAAUUAUAAGAAGUGGAAUUUCAAAUUGUUAUUAAAAACAAUCACUUGUUUAUAGAUAAAUGAAAGAAUGAAAAACUUUACAGAUUCAUAAAAAGGGAUUAUUGAUAGAAUAAAAUGAAAUU